AUGUCGACCUCUGCCAAAAUUUCGGGCAACGGAAUUAGAUCCUUGCCCAUCAUCUGUCCGCCAGAUCUUUCCAAGGAGGAUUUGUUAGGAUUUCCAGCGUUCCAGAUCUGGUUCUCGACCUUGCAGCGCUCCUUGAGCCGGCAGCACAAUCCCUCGCACGAAUUCUACAGCGACCCUUACGUGCUUCGCAAAAUCCAUGUCCAGGCAAUCGAUCGCUUCGGUGGGGGGCGGUUGGGGUUCGUGAAACUCAAGGCCGAUGUAUCCAAUUCGGGUGGCGAGACUCUGCCCGGAAGCGUGUUUUUACGCGGUGGAAGUGUGGGAAUGCUGCUACUCCUCCAACCGGAUGACGUUCUACCAACAUCAGAGGUUGAUAAAUGGGCGAUCCUGACGGUACAACCCCGCAUCCCGGCUGGAUCGCUUGCGUUCUCGGAAAUCCCCGCCGGCAUGCUUGAUGACAGCGGAUCCUUCGCGGGAGGGGCAGCAAAGGAAAUAGAGGAAGAGACCGGCUUGAAGAUCUCCCAGAGCGAACUGCUGGAUAUGACCUCUAUUGCCCUACAGUCCGUUGAAGAACCUGAAGACGGCGAGAUCCUCCAGAAAGGAAUGUAUCCAUCAGCGGGGGGGAGCGACGAGUUUAUCCCUCUGUUUUUGUGCGAGAAACGAAUGCCACGGAAAGAGAUCGAGGCAUUGCAGGGCAAACUAACCGGAUUACGAGACCAUGGCGAGAAGAUCACGCUGAAGGUCGUACCGCUGAAGGAUCUGUGGAAAGAAGGGCUACGAGACGGGAAAACGUUGGCGGCAUGGGCAUUAUAUAUGGGGCUUAAAAAAGACGGCAAAAUCUAG